UCACGCCAAGCAGUCGAAUGUCAGCCAUUUCUUACUAAAACAUCUUGGUUUCCUAGCGGUCGACCAGCCAUUCUUAGCGAAUACCGCAGGCCAUACUAGGGUCUUUUAAUGGCCCUCUUGUUGUGGAAUCCAAUACGCGAUGCCUCAAGAUCAGCAUACACAGUCGAGGAUGGCGCUCGUGGAGAUGCCGAACCAACUGCAGUUGGGAGCCGCCGAAGUUCAACGGCAAAACAUGUGCCAGACGUUGCUGCGCCUCCCUGCACCCCGCAUGGAUGCGACGCAGAGAGAGGGCACCGGAAUCCUUGUCUUUGAAGCUGUGGAGAAGCACUCUGAUCAAGAAGGUGGCGUUGCGCCGUACUUGUGGAGUGAAGCAACGAGGUGCUUCUGUAGCUACCCUUUGAAGUUUUUCUUGCCUCGUGAUGCUGGACGACCACAUUGCCGAUGGGUGUACCCCGUGAUUUUCGGUGGAGGUCUCGUCAGCGGCGACGUGAUGACCUUCGACGUCAUGCUUCACCCAAGGACUUGCGUCUUGUUCACGUCGCAGUCUUACACGAAGGUCUACAUGUCCAAACCAAACCAGAUGUCCAGACAAACGUGGAACUUCUCUGUGGCCAAAGAUGCCUUCCUCUGUGUGCUGCCCGAUGUGCUCGUCUGCUUUAAGGAGGCGUCAUACUCUCAAACCCAGGUUGUAAGAAUGGAGAAGGGAUCGAACCUGGUUCUGCUGGAUUGGUUCCUGGCAGGCCGUAUAGCAAAUGGGGAACGCUGGGACUUUACACGUUUGGAAACCAUCGUAGAGGUGUACCACGACUCUCAACUCAUUCUCCGUGAAGCUCAGAACAUGCACAACACUCCUUUCCUGAGCGUCAAGGAAUCCAUGGGUCGAUUCAAUGUCUUGGGCGUCUGCAUACUUAUUGGUCCCCUCAUAUCAGAACUCACGCAGUCACUCUGCAAGAAACUGAGCACCAGGGAAAGUUAUGGUAUCACACCAGAAUCGGAAACUAUCUUUACUGUGAGUCCACUCGAAUGCCAGAGGCAAAAGAUUGAUGGCUGCAUUAUCAGAUUUGCUUCAACUUCGUCAGCCCAUGCCUACUCGAGGUUGGAAGAGGUCCUACAAGCACUGUAUCCCGUACUUGGUGGAAACCCUUUCAAGUACAAGUACUGAUGCCUUCGGAACGCCAAGAAGUUUCUUGCGAAUAUGUAAAUAAUGCCGCCGUGAUAUUUAUUUUGUACUUCUAUUUGCGAAAGCAGUGAUUCACAACCAGGGACCAUUAAAAAAAAAAAAACGUGCAGAGAGGUACACGCACAGUGUGUUAUGCGCCAGUACGAUGUUGCGCUGGUCUUUCGACGAUUUCAGAAAUUCAGUUCAGUUUCAGAAACUCAAAAAAGCGUCCCGUUGAUUCGAUCUUAGUACCCGGAUUAAUUUCAUUCAUAAAACGAGUGAGGAAGGAAUCGGGACCAGAAGCUACAUCAUUGACUGCAAAAGGCUGGGAGCCACUGCUUUGAGGAACUCGUAAGAAUUAGAGCACUUAUACAUCGUUCAUGUUCAUAUUGAUAUUUAUCUUCAUUGUCAUUGCCGUUCAUGAGAAUCACUCAUUAGGCACUGCCAACCCAAUGCCUACGCAUUUCUAAUAUGUAAUAAAGUUAUCGUUAUUGUACAUGAGGAGGAGGAGGAGUGUCGUUGGGAGGAACCCGAGAGGUCUGCCUGCCUGAUUAGACGGCAUGUUGUUGUUGUUGUACAUACGCGCAAAAAUAAAAGCGUUUUCGAUGCAA